AAUGGAGGGGGUGGAAGCGGACGAUUUAUCUCAGAUUGAAGAAGUUGAGAAAACUCAAGAAACACCUGAAAAGUCAAUUUCCCCCGAGGAGCAUGAUGAUGAAGUAGAAAAAGAUUGUCAUGAUGUUGUCACCGAUGAAGGAUUAGGGGGUAAUCCUCCGAAGGAAUUAAAACAAGUAACUGGAAGAGGCGUCACUUUAGCACUUUUGCUCAGGGAUAAACUAAUCGAACCUGGUGAAGAGGUUCUUUCAAUUGAGUAUCUAGGUAAAAAAUUUGUGGCCGAUUUGCUACCGGACGGUAAAUUAAAGAGUCAGGAAAAUGUAUUUAACUCUCCUAGUGCAUGGGCAAUUCAUUGCAAGAAAGUUGUCAAUCCAGACAAGAAGUCAGGCUGUGGAUGGGGUUCAGUAAGAUAUAAAGGAAAAAAACUCGACACUUAUAAAACCCUCUGGUUAAAAAAUAAGGGUUUGGUUGUUCCUACUGGAAAUUACAAGUGUCCUGUUGAAGAUUUUACUUUCAAUGUUUAUAAUCCAAAAAACAUAAAAGCUCCAACUUCAGAUGACACUGGAGAACCUAUUGACCAUUCAGCUUUGCCAAUUCGUACCAUUCCUUCAAACUGCUACACUCUUGUUCAGUGUUCAACAGUGUCUAGUCAACCUUUCUCAGUUUCAAUGAAUAUAAGUAGUUUAGUGACGAUGGAUUUACACUCUCAUGCCUCCUCUUCUCAAGUUAUGGGUUAUCUUGGAGGAUCUUGGGAUGCAUCGGAACAAGAACUAUCUAUUAUCGCAGCUUUUCCUCUGUUUUGUUGCUUAGAAGACACAGAAAAUUCUGCUAAAAGUGAGCAAUACGUAAGGUAUUUUAUGGAAAAACGAAAUCUCAUAUUAGUAGGAUGGUACCAUUCUCACCCAAGAGUAUCUCCGUGUCCAACAAUCUUUGAUAUUGAUUGUCACAUGGAAUAUACUUAUAGAGUUAGAGGUGCAACAUAUCAGCCAUGUAUAGCAGCCAUAUUUUCUCCUUUUAGAGGCACUGGUACAGAAGGCCGGUCCGAAUUUAAUUUAUUCUGGGUUGCAGCACCUUCGGAAAAUCGAACAUUAGAAUACGCUAAACCUAUUAAAGUAGAAUAUUCUGUCAAAAAUGACAGCUUAAACGAUGCAAACGUUCUUCUACAAAUAAAACUGAUAAGCGCUUUCUACAAGGAAAUGAAAAAUGGAAUCAGAUGUCCCGAAGAUAUAGAGCCUGAAUUUGAGCUCUUUACUAGAAACAAUCGAGAUCAACCGGAGAUUAUAAGUGACGAGUUCCUUGGAGAAAAUUUUGAUGGGAAGAGAGAAAAGACUUUUUUUGUUUUACAUGGUUUUGCUGGAAGUGGACAGGAUGAUUGGGUUAUCGAAAUGAAAAACAGCCUUUUAGAUCAAUACGACUGCAAUUUCAUCUCAGUAGAUUGGAGUUGGGGAGCUCUCCCAGACAUUAAUCGACCCAUUGAUCCAGUUCCAUCUUCGAAUGCUAGAGUCGUUGGCCGCAUGAUUGGCAAUAUCAUAAAAUUUGCGGGUCAACAAACUGAGUUGGAUUUUGAUUCAGUUCAUUGUAUAGGGUAUUCACUUGGUGGACAAGGUUGUGGUUUCUUUGGAAAGUGGAUGGAUACUAAAAUUGGACGAAUUACUGGUUUAGAUCCUGCUGGACAAAUUUUCGAAAUGGAUGAUAUAAGGGGUCGAUUGGAUAAAACUGAUGCUAACUUUGUCGAUGUAAUUCAUACAAACACUUUCGGAUCAUUAAUAUCUUCUGGAACAAAAGUUAUCUCAGGCCAUGUUGAUUUUAUCGCUAACAAAGGUGAAGAUCAACCAGGCUGUGAUGGAUUACUUGUGGAUGUUUGUAGUCAUGAAAGAUCUCACGAAUUAUGGAAUGAUAGCUUAAAAAAUGGAUGUUCUCCAUGCAGCGGCGAUGAAUGCCAAGAAUUUGGUAUGAAUUCUAUCGAUUUCCCUGGAAGAGGGGUUUUCAGUUUGAUAACCAAUGAUGGAGCAUCUGGAUCUUUCUGCAUUCCAAACUUACGAAGAACGGAGGAAAUGAAAUGGAAGAAUUAUACUGCUGUAGUUCCGUGUGUUUCUGUUGGGAACGUUUCCCAAUUAGCGUGCGACCUUAUAAUUCAUACCUUACAGAUGAAAAAAGUUGGCUAUCUAUACUCUGAAAAUGUUCAUCCAUUUGUUGGUAAUGAUCCUUAUAAAACAAUAACUGAGUUGGAAAAGAAAGAUGCAGGAGGCGUUACAACUGCCAUAGAUAUCUACUGCAGCGACUGCUUAGCAGUAAUUCAAUUUAGAACUCCAGUCUACCCAAGAAGGUCAAAGAAACUUGUUCAGGAGCUAGAAAAGUUCUUAAAACAAUUUAAAGAGGUUUUGAUACUGUCGGGUGGUCAUGCCUCCGAAAGAAAUGAUAAAGAAAUCAAUGGACCACCGUAUAGACUUUUAACGAGUCAAGCAUUAGAAAAGAAACAGAAAGAUCUGUCAUGGGAUUAUUUGGAAAGACGACGUAUUUCUGGUGUAGGCAUUGGUCUUAUGUUAUUUGACAAGCUAGAAAAAGCAGUUAAUGCUGCCUUCCUAGUAUUUUUCUGUGCUGAAGGUGAUAAUGCUGACGAUGGUAAAAUGAUGGCAAAUUUGCUAAUGGAAUAUUUGAGUUUUGAAAAGAACAAAUGGAAAAUUCCACCAUCGUGGACUUUACAAUAUGGAUCUAAUUUACAAAAGUCAUGUUUUAGGUGA